UAGAAGAGCUUCUAGAAUCACGUGAUCGUGAUGUAGUGUACUGAAGACAUGGCGGACAAGGAAGAACAUGAGAAGACCAUCGCCGAAGACUUGGUUGUUACCAAGUAUAAAAUGGCUGGCGAUAUAGUAAAUCGAGUAUUGAAACAAGUUUUAGACAGAUGUAUUGUUGGAGCAUCUGUGAGGGAGAUAUGUGAAUAUGGAGAUACACUUUUAACAGAAGAGACAAAUAAAGUUUUUAAGAAGGAGAAAGAACUUAAAAAAGGAAUUGCUUUUCCAACCUGCAUAUCAGUAAACAACUGUAUUUGUCACUUUUCUCCUAUCGCAAGUGAACCGGAUCUAAUUCUGAAAGAUGAAGAUAUGGUUAAAGUUGAUCUUGGAGCACACAUUGAUGGCUUUAUAGCAGUUGUGGCACACACUGUAGUUAUAGGCUCUUCGACCGAACGCAAAGUUACAGGUAGAAAAGCUGAUGCAGUUUUAGCUGCACAUUACGCAUCUCAAGCUGCGUUAAGACUUUUAAAGCCUGGAACAGAGACGUACACAAUAACAGGAACAGUUGAAAAAAUUUGCGAUGCAUAUAAAUGUAAGCCAAUUGAAGGAAUGUUAAGUCAUCAAUUAAAACAAUUCAAGAUAGACGGGGAAAAAACUAUAAUACAAAAUCCAAACGAUGCACAGAAAAAAGAACAUGAAAAAUUUACACUUGAGACUCAUGAAGUGUAUGCAAUGGAUGUACUUGUUAGUACGGGUGAAGGUAUAGGACGUGAACAAGAUACUCGUGUUACUAUAUAUAAAAAAACUGAAGAAACAUAUCAGCUUAAGCUGAAAGCAUCCCGCAUGUUCUAUUCAGAAGUUUCCAACAAACAUGGUCUUAUGCCUUUUAAUUUACGAACCUUUGAAGACGAAAAGAAAGCCAAGAUGGCAGUUGUUGAAUGUGUUAAUCAUAGGUUGAUUGAACCAUUCCAAGUGUUAUAUGAAAAACCAAAUGAAUAUGCUGCACAAUUUAAGUUUACGGUAUUAUUGAUGCCUAACGGGCCACAUAAAAUUACUGGUAUUCCUUUUGAUCUGGACAUUUAUCAAUCUGACUGUGUAGUAGAAGAUCCAGAAUUGAAGACUCUUUUAUAUACUUCAGCAAAUCCUAAAUCUGCAAAGAAAAAGAAAAAGAAGGCUGAAAAAGCUGUGGGGGAAGUAGCACUGGAAGUUGACGCUAAGGCCUAACACAAUGAAGUUAUGCUCGCUAUGAUUUAUUGUCAUCAAGCACUAUCCCUUUCAUAUUAUCUAGCAGUAUAAAGAGUAAAAUCAGAAACUUUUCAAAGAAUAUUGUAUUUCACAUUUUAUUUUUAACCAUCAAUGUGCCCACUUUGACAGAGUGUAGAUCUUUACAUUAUUAUGCUUUUAUUAUUUCUAUAACAUAUUAUUCAAUCAAGUUAAAUUCAAGGUUAGCCAAUGCAUAAAAAUGCUUAUUAUUUGAAAAGUGUCUAGUUUUACUCUGUAAUAAUGACACUUCAUGCUAUAAUUCAUUGACACUUACGUUUUUAUACCAAAACGUCUUUCAAUGACGCAGAGAUUAUUACUCUACAAAAACUGAUAAAUAUUCUUAAGAAAUUGUUACGGAUACCUUACAUUAUAUUAUAUCUUACAUAAUACUUAAACCAAUGUCACUUUUUAAUAACAAUAUGCAACUAAUUUUUUUGGAAUAUCUUGUUUAAUCAAGCCGAAGGUAAAUCGUAUGUGUAUAUAUAUACACACACGUCUUUAUUAAUAUUCAUAAUUAUUUAAUUGCGAAUAUAUUUUUUGUUAAACAUAGCAUGCACGCAUGACGCAUUCAUAUAUAUAUAUAUACAUACAUGUUAUGUGUGUGGAUGUGUACGCGCGCGCGUAAUGUGCUAUAAAUAUAUUCAUAUAUUAUCUUUAACUUUCUUUUACGUAUAGGGACAAAGUUUUUGAUAAAAUUUAUUAAAACGUAAACAAUAACAUAAUCAAAUUACAUUACUCUGAUUAACAACUUCGGCUAUUUUAAUAAAUCAAUUUACGUUAAUAUAAACUAGUCACAAAAAGAAAAAAUUUUAUGUGUCACAGUGGAAGUACAAUAGGUAGAAUUAAAAUUCACUUACUUUGAUAAAAAUGUUUCUUCUGUAUUAUCUGAUUUUAUACGCUAUCACCGGUACUUGAGAAUUUAAACUGUAAACACAUUUGGCUUGAAUUUGUAAAAUUGAAAAAUAUGUCAAUGGUAGGACUAUUCAUAAACCAUGAAAUAUUAAUAAGUCUAAAGUGUUUCGUUGCGCAAAUUCUUCGAUGAAAAGGCAAUCAUUCUAUAACCUAUUUUAAGCACCUUAUAAAAAAUUUUAUAUCGGUAAUUGAGAAGUACUUUACAUAGAUCAACACACUUGCUUCUCGUGUUGUUUGCAUUUAACAAAAUGGAAAAUGGACCUCUAUCGUAUGACAUACUUGGAAAGUAUUCGACUUAUUGAGGUAAUAAGAGCAAAAUAAUAAUGUGUGUUAAAAUAGUUUUAUAUAAAAAAAAAGGAUAGAUGUGUCUGUUACAAAUAUUUUUUCUAAACAAAUUGUGUGUAUAUGUCGAAUGUUACAGAAUAUCCUUAUACGACGAGAGAUAUCAUAAUCUUCUGUGCACUGUCCUUCCUUUACUUUUAUUAAUAUUUUAACAUUUUACUUACCAUUAUAUUAAUAAUAAAGGUAUGCAAUAUGUUACAAGCCAA